CAAAUCGCGCAUGCGCAGUGCUCGGCGCUUUAAAACUCGUCUUGAGGAGGGAACAUGAAGACACUCACUGGUGAACUCGUGUCGCGGGCGAGGUUAUCAGCCGCCUAGCUCACAUGGGAGCGUCAUAGCCGCGGUGGAGUUGCGUCGCCGAGGCGUCGCAGGAUGAAAAGUCUCCGCGUUCGCCAUGACUCUGAGAGCCACGCUGUUUCCGAAGACGGGGUCCAGGCAGAGCGCUGACGCCAUCGACUUUGACAGGACGCGCGUCGGGGCCGUGAGUCCCGCGAGCCUGCGGCGGGAGACCCGCGACCUCGUCCCAGAUGUUGAGGACGCGCGCGGGGGCCACAUCCCGAGCAGACCGCAGCUCGUCGUAGACCAGAACUACAUGACAAGCAAAGUCGCAGACGUAGUUCACGGAGACAAUAAAACUGUGGGGGUGUUGCCCCCCGUCAGACCGAUGGGGGGUGAGGGAACCCCGGUGAAAGGUAAACCCCUCUCCGUCUCCGACAACAUGGACAACCCUCAGAUGGCCGUGAACAAUAACCCCAAAGAUGCGGGUGCCGAUGACAGCGCGAGGGGGGCCGUCGUCGUCCCCGGAGUCGUCGGCACCGCAUCCAUUGAGCUCUCCGCCGAGGGCAAGUGGAAGAACAUCAGGAAGACCCCCGCCAAUCCCCACACCCAGGCCAACUGCCUCCGACAGAUCCUGCUCCUGCAGCUGGAUCUCAUCGAGCAACAGCAACAACAGCUGCAGGCCAAGGACAAGGAGAUAGAUGAGCUCAAGGCAGACAAAGACACACUGCUUGCACGUAUCGAGCGCAUGGAGCGUCGCCUGCAGCUCACGAGAAAGGACCCGCCGCGCGACAAGCGCCUUUUCCAGCCCCUGGAGCCGUGGACCCCCGACAAGGAGGACAUGUGGGACCUGGAUGUGGAGGAGAGUCCGCAGCCAAACCAGGCCACUCCGCUCCCCUUCAGUCGGGGCGGCAAAGGUCAAAAGAGGAAGUCUUGCUUUGGAGACGCAAAAGUCCAGAAGUCGCGCGGCAAAUGUGCAAAGCUCAGCCCGCAGAAAGCUGAAAGUCAACCCGGCUCUCCCAAUCACAGGGAACUGCGCAGCAAGGAGACCCCAGAGAAAGUGGUUCCCAUUAGGUCUGGGGCAGACAGGGACGUUUUGCUCCCGUGCAAAGAGGAGCCGGAGCUAAGCGGCCAAAUGGACGAUCUGCCCUUCAUGUCCACCACAGAGAUGUAUCUGUGUUGCUGGAACCAGCCUCCUCUGUCCCCUCUGCGGGAGACUUCCCCUAAGAAGGAGGAAGAGGUGGCCAGUGAGUGGACUCCUCAUGUAGUACAUGAUAUGCUGAUUGUUUUUCCGUCGUGGAGAGAAAAUCCCAUCGAGCCCCUGGAGGACGAAUCCUUCAACUCUGCAGAGCCGCUGGACGACGGCGUGUUUUUGAAACGCCACGCGAAGCUCGAGUUGGACGAGAAGAGGAGGAAAAGAUGGGACAUUCAGCGAAUCAGAGAGCAGCGCAUGUUUCAGCGCCUGCAGCAGCGCAUGAACCGGAAAAAAGUCGUCCAGGAGACCGAGCCGGAGCUUUCGUCCUUCUAUCCCGACACCGAAGAUGUUGAAGCUAUCGUGAUCACUCCCUUCUUGCCCGUGGUUGCUUUCGGCCGGCCGCUGCCCAAACUCGCACAACAGAACUUUGAGCUGCCCUGGCUGGACGACCGGAGCCGAUGUCGCAUUGAGGUUCCCAAAAAACACACACCUCACCGGACCUGUCGGAAGUGAAACCCCCGCGUGGCACGAUAAGCGGAGAGAUGGAGCUCACGGCCAGAUUAGAAAAUGUCACAUUUGUCUCGUCUGUCUUGUCGCCACACACACACACAGACACUAGCUGCUCUCCUGCAGAGUUGGGGGGAAAACAGGAGGAGAGAAAGCCGCGCCCCGUUGGGCGUCCUCAAUGUUUCCGGCCUCAUUUUUUCGCCUCCUGAAAAAGACGACGUCCUCGCUUGAUCAGUUUCUGUGCUAAGAAAAUGUACCAACAGUUAUAUGCAUGUUCAGUAACAUGACCGAGAUACAUGUAGUCAGCAGCAAAAGAGAUUUUUUCCUAAACAAACGUGGAGUUUCUGUCUCAUCUGGAGCACGUCCAUGUUUGGGAGGGAAAAAGAUGUAUUGGUUUUCAUUAAAUGUGGAAAAACUAGAGCUUGAAUCGUUGGGCAUGAGCAACGCUCUUGAUAGCUCGACCACACUCCUCCUCUCUGCCUGAACAGGGGGGAAAAAAAUAUCAACAUCUGACUGUAUCGUGGUGUGUAUUGCCUUUUAUCGUUGUUCGCACACAACUACAAAUAAGAUGUUAUCAACGUUCGGUGUGAUAAUCUGCAGUUGUGAGCCACACUUGGCAUGACGGCAUAUUAAAAAUAAUCGCAAGCACUUGAUUCGAGCCGUCGUGACGAGGUCUGGGAGGGUUUUGCUUCAAGGAAAACCGGAAGAUUAGGUGAGUGGUGAACCCGACAUGAACCCGGGUGAUCUCGUUUUCUUCUUUUAUGUGAGUUGCAUGGCUGUGUUUAAAAAAAAACCAAGAUGGUAGCAUGGCUCAGCUCAUUGGGAAAACAUACACAAUAUUGUUCUUGAUUGAAACCAUGACUUUGCUGGCUUCCGCCUCGUCAUAAAAUCUGAUAACAACAACAAAGUACACUUCUGAUCUUAAUCUUCGUGUUUUUUUCCAAAUGUUCACAACAUCCAGUAUAAUAUUAGGGCGAGUUGUGUGUACGCAUCGGUCUCUUUUCAGGAGGAGCCGUUCUAGAUGAUUAAUAAAGAAGCUUGCUUAGCCGUAGUUAUGAUAGCGACGUUCACCAGUUUGCUCUGUAACAUGCUGCCAGUUAACCACGAGCGCAGUGUUCGAUUCCCACCCGUGUUUCGUCCUCGCUGCGAUUUGCUCGACCUGUUCUACUUUACGAUGCAACGACUUUUCUUCUUCUGCAGCUUCAGUAUGUCGAUUGUGGAAAAGUAUGAAGUUGACUCUUUUUUUUCUUUUCUUUUUCUUUUUUCUGUACAUAGCUUUCAGAAAACAAAUGUACAUAAAAACAUGGCUGUUAUUUUUUUAUUAUUUAAUGUCGAGAAGUGUUCGCGUACAUUCAAUAUUGUUCUAUGAUUGUAUGUUGACAAAUUGACAGGUUUUUUUUUUGAAAGUUAAAAUUCUCUUGGAAUAAAAAAAUUAACUUGUCUA